AUGCACUCACUCAUCUCCAUCGCGCUCUUAAGCGCAUACGCCGCUGGAUUCGCACUGGGUCAACAACAGCCGAUCGCCGAGUCGCAUCUAACCAUCAAUGGCAUUCCCUUCAGUAUUCGAGCGCAUUGGAUGAGAAGAGCCAACCAGGCAUUGGCAGAUCUGGUCUCACCAUGCCCCUUUGGUGCCUUCGGAACUGCGAUUGUCAAUCAUACCGCUGGCGAUGGGCUCGGUGAGCUAGUUUGCAUCGGAGCAAAUUCUAUUGGCUCGACAGGCAACCCAACGUUGCAUGGAGAAAUCGCCGCGAUCAAUAACUGCACCACAGUCCUGACCAAUCCCGAAGGACCUUACGGCCUCAGCGCAAGCGAAGCACAACGGGCCUUUGCCAGUCUGUCUCUCUACACGAAUGCCGAAAGCUGUCCAAUGUGUGCUUCUGCUAUUCGCUGGGCCGGCUUCAAGGAGUACAUCUACGGCACCUCGAUCGAUGCGCUGAUCCAGAAAGGCUGGGGCCAGAUCCGCAUCAGCUCCAUGGAGGUCUUCGAGCAGUCGUUCGAUCUGAGCAGCUCAACUCGUCUCGUAGGCGAGGUUCUCACGAAUGAGACCGAUCCAUACUUCUCAUGGCAGUACGAUCCGAGUAACGCAUGCCCUGCAGGUUGUACCAGGAUCGAAGGCCAAUGUGCGCGCACCGAUCAGCAAUAG